AUGGCAUAUAACCAUACAUCGGUGUUUUUGUUUACCGUUCAAGGAAUAUUAGCAUCUUUGACAUGCAGUCUAUGUUGCUUUGUAUAUGCAUAUUGUUGCAAUAAUAAUAAAAAUUUGAACAAUAACGACACAAAAUGUGAAAACAAAAGCAAAAGAAAUAUUUCAAAAUUAAACCCGGAUAUUCAUGAUCUAUCUACCUCAAAAAAAAAAAAAAUUAAAAAUAAUUAUGAAAUUGAAAAAAGUAAUGAAAUAAUAAUAAAUUCAACAAAUAAAGAUAAAAUAUAUUUGUUAAAUAAAAGAAUAUCUGAUAUCAGCUUAUUAAAAUAUAGUGAUAGUGAUAUAUGUAAAAAUAGAGAUAAUAUUAGUAGAGAGAAAAAUCUGGGUGUGAAAAGUGGAUUGAAUAGAAAAGAAAUUAAUUCAAAUAAAAUAGAAACAGACAUAUGUUAUAACAAUAAUUUAUCAAAAAAUGCAAAAUGGAAAAACAAACAAAACGAGUGCAAUAGUCUAUAUAUACACAAACAAACAAAUGAAACCCCAUAUACAAAUUUAGUAAAUUUUAAAUUAAAGACCAUUCCUAAUGAUUAUUUAAAUGAACAAAAUAUUAAUAUAGAAAAAUAUAAACAUGAUGAACAAAAUAAUUCAAUUGAUAAUAGUAUAUCUACACAUAAUGAAGUGAUUCAUAUUUAUCCUUAUAUUUUCGAUAAGGGUGUACAAAACGUUUCGCCAUUUUCUUGUCAUGUUAAUAAAAAUCCUAUAAUUAUAAAUGACUAUGAACAGUUUUAUAGAAAUCAAAACAUAAGAGAAAAUAUAUUUGACUCACAUUUAAAGGAAAAUAUAAAUUCUAUAAAUAUGAAUAUCAACGCUUCAGAUAUUUAUACGAGGGAAGAUAUAAAAAAAUAUUUUAGAAACAAUGAUAUAUUGUGUAAUACUGAAAAAAACAAUGCUAUUACUAAUGAAGAAUUAAUUUUAUAUGAUAAUGCAUAUACUAUUUCUGAAAAAAAUAAAACCGAAAAUAUGAUUCUAGAUAUAGGAAAAAAAUAUAAUAAUACAAUUUUAAGAAGUGAAAUAUCGUAUAUAAAAAAUAAGGAAGAAAUAAACGGAAUGGAAAGCAAACUAGUAAUGCAUUAUCAAAAUGGAAUUAUUCAAAAAGACAAAUUUGUAAAGAAUGGGGUUAUAAAAAGUUUCAGUAGUAUCACAGAAAAAUCUAUUGAAAGUAAUUCCCCUAUGACUGAAAAAGAAAAAGAACAAAUAUAUUUUAAACACGGAAUAGAACAAAUUGAUAACAUGAUUCCUUCUAACAAAUUGAAAAAAAUUCAUGAAGAAAAUAAUAAUCCAAUUUUAAAAACUUAUAAAAAUAUGUUUGAUCAUUUUAAUAAAAGUAUGUCAAAUAAUAGACAUCUAAAUAAUAUAGAAAAAAAUUAUGAUGAAAUUUUAUCAUCUACUUAUGAAAAUGAUAAAAAUGUGAUCAAAUAUGCAGAAACAAAUAUGAUUGAUAAAUGUGAAAGCCGCGAUUUAGAUAAUGUAUACCAUUUCAAUACAAAUUAUUGUGAUAUGAAUAAAAUUGAAGGAAUUGAAAAUGAUUAUUCAUUAGGAUGGGAACAAAAUUUUAUAAAACAUAAUAAAAAUCCUAGUAAUAAUAAAAAAAAUAUUAUUUAUAACACAUGCAAUGAACAGUAUAUAGAUGAAAAAUAUGUAAAAGAACAUAAUACAGAUAAAUUUGAGGAUUUGUAUGCAAGUAAAUUUAAUAUCUAUCCCUAUUCUCAUAGCAGUAAUAAAAAAGGGGAAGAUGAAAAUGAAAUAAAAUUGAUUUAUAAAAAAAAUAAUGCCCUUGAAUAUUUACCAGAACCACAAAAUUAUGAUGAUUCAAUAGUUAGAAAUCGAACCAAUAUAUCGAAUAUAGAAAAUUGUAAUAGAAACGUAUCAUUUUAUAUGGAUAAUGAGGAGGGGAAUAGUAGUAUGGAUAUUAAUAAAGAGGAUGAUUCAAAUAGUUUAUGCAAUGAUAUGAAAAAAAAAAAAAAAUAUAAAAAUAUAAAAGAUCGGGCAAGACAAUUAAUUGUUGGGAAUGAUGAUAUAAUUAUUAAUACAAAUGAUAUUACUGCCGAAAAUCAAAUAAAAAAAGGAAAAAAUAAGGAGAAGAAAAAAAAUAUAAAUUCGCAAAAUAAACCGGUUUUAAAUAAAAAUACGAAAUUAUUAAGAAGUAAACACAUUUUCAAUGAUGAUACAAUUUUGUCUCAAGUUAAUAAACAUGUUUAUUCCUCAAAAUAUGCAGAAGAUAUAAAUUGUAAAAAUAUAGAAAUGCUUCAUAAAAUAAAUGAUGACAAUAUUAAUAUUAAAACAUGCAACAAUGGUGAAAUAGAGAGAAUAAAUACCAAGAUAUGUCAAAAUAUGAAAUCUGUAAAAAUGAGUAGAGAUAUUACAUCGAAAAAGGAGUUUAAUGCACCACUAAAUUCGAUUGGUUCUGUAGAAGGAAAACAUAAAAAUGUUACAAAAGGAUGUGAAAAUGCUUAUGAUAUUUAUUUAUUGACUGAUGAUAAUACUGAUUGCCGUACUGAAAAUAAAGAAACUUCGCACACUUCAAAUAAAAAAAAAGAAACAAAUAAUAUAAUCCAAACUGAUAAAUAUGAAAAUGGGAUGAAGGAAAUGAAUUGUCGUAUUAGAAACCCAAAAAAUAAAGAUUUAAUCCCCAAUUAUAUGAACAAAUCGAAAACGGAAUAUAAGUUAAAAAAUUUUAAUAGGAACUCAAUGAAAAAAAUAACUGAAGAAAACUAUGAAGAAACCUGUGAGAAUAAUACGGAUACAUUUAGUGAGAUAAAUUUAUAUGAUGAAGAAAAACGAAUAAAUGAAUUGGGAACAAUUCUGGAUAACAAUUAUGAUAAUAACAAUACAAAUAAUGAUAAAAAAAGAAUAUCUGGAAAAAAAAGGAAUAUAAAAAAUUAUGAAAGAACAGAUAAAUUAAAAAAAGACGAAAAAAAUAUGCUUUUAGACAAUGAAAAACGAAAGGAAAUCAAAAAUAUUGUCAAGAAUAAAAAAAAUGAAACUUAUAAUAAUAAUAUAAGUGAGAAAAAAAUAGAUUAUAACAACAAUCAUACAGAGAAUGAAAAAUUGCUUAUUAAAGCAAGUAUAAAAAAUAAAGACCAAAAUAUUUCUGUAUGUGAUAAUAUAAAAGAUAAUAAUGUGAAAAUAGAAAAAAAGAAAAAAAGAAAAAAAGAAAAAGUAUUCGAAAAAAAAAAUAAAAAUAGUAUCAACAAAAAUGAUGAUGUAAAUGGAAAUAGGAAACUGUCUAAAGUUCAAUUUACAAAAAUAAAAUCAGCUAAAAAAGAAAAUAUAUUAUACAAAAUGGAUGCAAUAACAUUAAUAAAUGAAAAACAUCAAAAAAUUGAUGAGCAUAAAUGUGCAUCAGGAUUCGCCAUUUUUUUAAUAGAACACAUUCAAAAAAAAACGAAAGAUAAGGAUAUUUUUGAAAAUUUAUUAAAAUUUAUAUUAAAAUUAAUGGAUAUUUAUAAAAUUAAAACAGUCAAUUUUAUAGAAGCAUUUCUAAUUCUAGAAACAAUAAAUUUAACAAUUAUAAGAGCUCAUCCAAUUGAAGAAUGGGUAUUAGUAAUUUUUCAUUUUAUUAAUGGAAAUAUAAAAGAUCAUAAUCUAAAAUUUAUAAUAGAAUCUCUUAAAUUAGAUCAUAUAGAGAUUAGUAAUGUAACUGCAUCAUUUUAUAUGAAUAAAAAAAAUAUUAAACUUACUGAAAAAAAUAUGAGAAGAGUUAUCACACUGCUUUCCCAUGUGGUCAGAAGGUCAUCAAGGAUUAAAAUAUUUAAUGAAAUAAAUUCCGAUGUAAAACUGAAGGAAUAUAACACAAAUGAUCAAAUAUUAGGUUCUUGUUGGCAUCCUAUGGAUUCAGACGAAAUUCCAAAGUGA